UCACAGCUUACUGCGCCUCAAUGGCAGCCUUGGGACACAGCAUUCGAUGCAGGCAUCCAUUUGUGCACUUACGACGGCUGCUACCUUACGUUCGAUACCCCGAUGAAACUGCAGAAGCACAAAAUAGAGGUUCACACGCACGAAUCGCCGUACCUUACUUUACUACAAAAUUUCCAAGCUGGUCCAUAUGGACCGUUGUGAUCGCAUCAAUCCCAGCAGCGGUGAGCCUUGUAACUCGAUUUUUUCCCGGCCUUAUGAUUUGAAGAGGCACGAGAACACGAUUCACAACGCGCGUAAACGAAAGCACCGAUGUCACCUGUGCACGGAAGAGAAAACAUUCUUUCGCGCUGAUUCGCUGACUCGACAUAUGUGCACCGUUCAUCCCGACGUUGACUGGGUGGGCAAAAAGAGGCGCAAG